AAGUACAUACCGGAAGUAAGGCGUGUCUAUUUAUGAAGUUUGACACCCCGGCUUCUUACACGAACUCAAAUCUGCUGCAGGUUGAAGAACUAUUUCAUAUACUGCUGAUGUUCAUCGCGUCACCCCUAUAAAAAUAUGAGCUGUCAGGAGAACAACACCUGUCCAAUGAGAGUGUUGGUGACAGGGGGCUCAGGGUUGGUGGGCAGAGCCAUUCAGCAAGUAGUGAAAGAAGAGGGGGGAGCCAAAGAAGGAGAAGAGUGGGUUUUUCUCUCCUCCAAGGAUGCUAAUCUAAUGAACAAGGAGGAGACCAAAGCAAUAUUUGAGAAAUAUAAACCUACUCAUGUCAUCCAUCUGGCUGCUAUGGUUGGAGGUCUUUUCAAGAAUAUGAAGUUUAAUCUGGAUUUCUGGAGAAACAACAUUCACAUCAAUGACAACGUGCUGCAGGCGGCACAUGAAGUUGGUGUAGUGAAAGUGGUGUCUUGCCUUUCAACAUGUAUUUUCCCAGAUAAGACAACCUACCCCAUUGACGAGACUAUGAUCCAUAAUGGUCCACCCCAUGACUCAAACUUUGGCUAUGCUUAUGCAAAGAGAAUGAUUGAUGUUCAUAACAGAGCAUAUUUCCAACAGUACAGGCGCUGUUACACUGCUGUGAUUCCCACUAAUGUUUUUGGUCCUCAUGACAACUUCAGUAUUGAGGAUGGCCAUGUGCUACCAGGGCUCAUACACAAAGCUUAUCUUGCUCAAAAGGAAGGGAAGCCUUUGGUUGUGUGGGGCUCUGGGGCUCCAAGACGACAGUUUAUUUAUUCUUUGGAUCUGGCUCGUCUUUUCCUAUGGGUUUUGAGAGAUUAUCCAGAAGUAGAUCCCAUCAUUUUAUCUGUUGGUGAGGAAGAUGAAGUUUCCAUCAAAGAAGCAGCAGAAGCAGUUGUGCAGUCUCUUAAUUUUAAAGGUGAAGUGGUGUAUGACACUAGCAAAGCUGAUGGACAGUUUAAAAAGACAGCCAGCAAUGCAAAGCUUUGCAGUUACUUGCCAAAUUUCAAGUUUACUCCAUUUAAUCAAGCUUUGAAGGAAACCUGUGAUUGGUUUGUGAAAAACUAUGACACAGCUCGCAAAUAAAAUCUUUAUUUGGAGCACAUGGGGUGUUUUCAGACGAUUAUAGCUGGAGGAGCAGUUACUGACUGGAGUGAAUUUUGCAGUCUCAAACUUUGCUACAUAUUUCUGUGCUGAUGAUUUAUAAUGAACAUGGUAUGGAUCAUAGUUGUUACAAUGCCAUUUUACUUAUGUCAUGGUGGAAGAAACAAAAUUGAUAGUUUUCUCUGGGGUAUUAGUUACAGCAGUUUGUUUAAUUUUGAAGUAAGCUUUAGCCUUUGUACUGAAAGUCCAUUUAUACUUAAAUUUUUGUAUAAUGAUUACAGACCAAAAUAAAUAUUUUCUAUAAAUUUUAA